AUGUCGCUCUUGAAUACGACGCUUCAGACCCUGGUGGUACGGCUUCGCGACAUGUCUGGCAACGUGACACAGCAGAAACUUCAUAACCGUGUUUUUGACGCAUAUGAAGCCAAGUCGCUUGUGUUUGAGGCCAUCACGCCUGAGCAGCAGGCCGUGAUGCGUCAGUACGGCACCAUCCCCCCACAGCACCCCGUGGGGCAGCCGAUACUUCUUGAUGGGUGGUCAGACCUCGUGGGGGUUCACAGAGACGACAACCUUUACCAGUUGUUACCGCGUCGAGCGAAGAAUAAUGCCAGCUAUAGCACGAUGAGAGCCAUUUGCUGUAGUGCCGGCUCACCGUUUACGAUGGAUCAUCGUGUGGAUCCUAUAGACUACAAAUUCGUCUUCCGCGCGGCGGACAUGGAGGUUCGGAAUCAAUUUAAUUCAAAGAACCAAGACAAAGUUCCUCCCACUAUUUGGUUUGAUGGCAUUAUGAGUGCCCCGAACGACUCCGGUCUGGUGAGCUGUCACAACUCCCUGUCGCCGGCCCAUAUCAAUAACUUGGCAGGUACGUUUCAAUUUCUCAAGGAGUGGUCGAAAGAGCCACCGGAGGGCGAUCGUCACCGACAACUGAAACAAAUGUACUCCCAGCUCUUGUCGAAGCGCACACAUCUCUUCAUUGGUUCAUCGUCCGUCCCUGGACGAGAGAUUCUCAACUACGCCAAGUCGAAGAAUGUCUUUGUGUACGCCAAGCGGGGAAUGCACUACAUCUUUCAUGCCUAA